GUUUGCGUAUGCGUCUUCGGCUGAUUGUGAGCCAAAACUGGUGGGGAGUACGUACGUACGUACGUAUGUAUGUACAUACGUUGUCAGUCAACGGAAUGGAGCACCGUCGUUGUCUACACUCAACGGUAGCACUCUCCGUCCCAUCCUCUGUCUCCGUUCUUCUCAUUCUGUCAGAAAAGAGAAAGAUUACACUCAUUGUCAGCGUUGAGUGAAGAUUGGUAUCAGUGCCACACCAGUGCAGUCAGUGAAAAACACUAUGAUCUUCAACGAUGCGUAGACACGUUAGAGGGCUGCAGCUUUGAACAAAUUUGCAUUUGUAACUACCGCGCGUUGGUUCGCGUAAAUUUAGGUUAAGACAUAACCAAGUUUCUCUUUUCAGGCUAAAAAUGUUCAAGCACACACAGAGAUUAUGUACCAAAUUCUCUUUCCACACUUCAAAAUCCAUUCUACGUCAGGAAAUUCAGCGUGUUUCUAUGAGCAACAAAUCAGUAGUAGAAACAACGGAAAAGUGGGAUUUGGUUAGCGCAGUGUGUCUGGAAAGACAUCCAAUUAUUAUUAAGCCCAUGAAUGAGACAGAGGCUAAAUUUGGACAAUUACUCAACCAACUCGAAUUGGAAAAUAGUAUGAAAUCAGAUCAUGAAUUGAGAAUUGAGAAAGACAAGAAAGAAGAGGAUCUAAUCAAGACGGGUGCCCUUGAAGUAGAUAUUGGUGUGGUUAUACAAACUGCACAAGACUUUGAAGAUGCCUCCUUGGAUGAAUUUAAAAAAUUUCACUUUGCACCAAGGAUUACUGAAGCAGAUAAAAAAAAUGAUAUAACAUCCUUGGAUCGAAAAUUGGAUAGGCACUUGGUAUUGUUAGUUCACCAGAAACUUGGCGAACACAGUUAUUGGAUUCCUCCACAAGGAAUCAGGAGAGAUGGAGAAACACUGAGACAAACUGCUGAAAGAGUCUUGAAAGAAGCCUGUGGUGAGGAUCUUAAAGCGAAAUUCUAUGGAAAUGCGCCGUGUGGAUUUUAUAAGUAUAAGUACCCCAUAAGGAUUAGAAAAUCAGGUGCUGUUGGGGCAAAAGUCUUCUAUUACCAAGCAAAGUAUCUGAGUGGUAGUUGGGCAACAAAAGCAAAAUAUCAGUGGUUAGAUCGUGAGGAGUUACAUCAAACACUCCCGGAUGCCGUAAAAAAUGAUAUUUUUCAAUUUCUUGUCAACGAAGACUAAAUACCAAUGUUUGGUAUUUGUUUACCCAACGAGCACGCGAGCAAAGUAUUAGAACUGACGGGAAUUUUUGCUGUAAAGGAACAAUAUACUUACCAGUACUUUCCAGAUAUACAGUGCAAUAGCUAUGGUCAAUGAUGAAACUUUAUCCCUAAAUUUGAUAUGAAAUAAAUCAUCUUCCGUACCUUUAUUUCUAAGUCGUGUAUGUGAGCAAAAAUUUAAGGUCUACAAUGAGUUGUGAAUCUUGAAGAUAGACGUUCUCAAAAUUAGCGAAUUGUCAAUAUGAGUGAUACUAAUUGUGUUCCAUGUUUGAUUAGAGAUCAGAAUCAAUAGCUGAAUUCUAAUAAAAACAAUCAGCUUAAUGCAGACCUAUGCAUAUUAGUGAUUACUACGGUUUAUGAAUUGAUUGAAGUUAUAGUAUUUUAGGAAAGUAGAGUUUAUUCAGUUUGAGUACUAACUUAAUGGUGCAAAAAAAAGCGCAGAAAGUUUUCACGAGAAAAAUCAACUGGCACAUAGAUUAUUUACAUAUAAUUAUAGCUAAUUUAUAAUAACACUUUUUAAAAUCGACCACUUCGCUUUCGCCCAGUA